AAGCGAAGUAUGGCGAAGCGUGAUGAUGACGUCUACAAACAGAUAAAAGUUCCUAUCAGUGAUACGGACGAUGUGAAGGGACUGGAUAGGAAAUUCUGGAAUAGGACAGAAAGAAAGGAAUGGGCUGCUGGUCUGUUUUCUGGUUGUGGGGUCCUCUAUGCCUGUCGCACAGUCACUCCUUUGGUCAUUGCUGCAAUGGCCAAGGAAUUUGGCUGGGACAAAACCCAGAGCGGAUCAGUGCUGUCAUGUUUCUUCUGGGGGUACACAAUGACACAGUUCCUGGGUGGCUACCUGGCUGAUAAGGUGGGCGGUGAUGUGGUCCUGCCCAUAGCUGCCUGUUUUUGGUCCAUGAUCACGUUCUGGACACCCCAGUUAGCCUACCUGUCCACAGACAAAUACCUCACGCUGCACAUACUGGUUAUCUCCAGGGUGUUCCUCGGGAUAUUCCAAGGUUUCCACUAUCCUAGUAUGAGCUCCAUGGUGUCAAGAAAAGUUUCAGCACAGGAGCGCUCGUUAACUUACAGCUUCAUCUGCUCGGGAUCCCAUCUUGGCACGUUGUUAUGCGGCAGUAUAGGAUCUUUACUUUUAGACAAAUAUGGCUGGCAAAGUGUAUUUUACUUUGCAGGUCUCAGUAGUGUAGUGUGGAUGUUGCUUCUGCGUUAUUUAUUAAUAGAGAAACAUAGAAAAAAAUAUGUGCCUUUAGUAUCUGUUGGGGAGGGCAUCAGUCCGAAAAUCACAAACAAGGGGGAGAAGUCAGUCCCUUGGCUUACACUCUUAGUGAAACCUGCGUUCUGGUCUCUUCUCAUUGGACAUUUCUGUGAAAAUAAUGCAUUUUUUAUCCUGUUGUCAUGGUUACCUACAUAUUUUCAUGAAAAUUUUCCCGAUGCUAAGGGAUGGGUGUUUAAUGUGGUGCCGUGGGUUGUGACCAUGUUCAGCUCUGUACUAGGAGGUUGGAUUGCAGACCGUAUGUUAGCCAAAGGUUACAGUGUGACAUUUGUGAGAAAGUUUAUGGAGAGUAUAGCCCUCUGUGGCACGUCCGCAGCAUUAGUAACGAUUUCCUAUACCACCAGUUACUAUUCGGCCCUGUUUAUCAUGGCUAUAGCAGUGGCAUGCUGUGGUUUCCAUAACAGCGGCAUCCUUGUCAAUCCCCAGGAUAUCGCACCAAGACAUGCUGGGGCUGUGUUUGGCAUUAUGAACAUGGCUGGUGCUAUACCAGGUUUUGUGGGUGUGUACAUGGCUGGCCACAUCCUGGAGGCUACCAAGAGCUGGGCAGCUGUGUUUAAUCAGACUGCUGGUGUCUGUUUGUUUGGUUGGAUUGUGUACAUCAUGUUUGGCACAGGCAAGCAGCUUGUGUAAAGGAUCUUCUGUAACAGGCUUCAGCCAAGAGUCAUCAGCAGUAGUGUGAUACAGCUAAAUACAUAUGUGAUGCUGUAACAGAGCACGAUACAGUUUUAUAUGUAUGUGAUGCUGUAACAGAGUGUGGUACAAUAUGAUAUGUAUGUGAUGCUGUGACAGAGUAUGGUACAGUAUGAUAUGUAUGUGAUGCUGUAACAGAGUGUGAUACAAUAUGAUAUGUAUGUGAUGCUGUAACAGAGUGUGAUACAAUAUGAUAUGUAUGUGAUGCUGUAACAGAGUGU